UCUAUCCCUUCGGCGUUUUUGUGCUUUGUCUUCCCACUUUUUUGCACCGGUGUAGCGGAGGUAAGUCAAACUAGAGACAGACUUAAGAUUACGUCACCGCACCUGGUAUUCCCCCGCCGACACUUCCGCAUUACGUGGCGACUAAGAGUCGUUUCCAGACCUCGUUAGUGAGUUGUGUUCUCUGUACCAUUACCAGCCCGAUCACCAUGUCCAACAUACUGCGUGUUGCGGGGACCCUUCUCCCUGCAGACGUGCAAUGCCGGAGGUUUGUGGCGGCUAACAGGUAUGACCUGGCCGAGACGGGGUACGGCCGCGCCCUUCUGGCCGCCAUGUCUGAUAUGGACAGGCUGCAGGAAGUGGAGGUACUGAAGAGCCUGGGAGACUUGAACGUGGAGAAAGGAAGACUCCACAAGACCGAAGCUCCGCGGAACUUGGAGCGGGGCCUGAACCUGUACAGGGCCGCGCUGCUCCGGUGUGAGGACCCGGGGGAAGGCGAGUCUCUCCAACAUAGGGUCAAACUCGCCGAGAAACUCAGGCAGAAAACGCCCAUAACUGGAUCAACCAGGAACACAAGCAUUGGUUCUGUUGCAAGGACUUCAGAAAUCUUUCAAAACUUGGACAAGAAACUAGCUAACGGUGGCCAUAUGGAUUCAAUCAUAGAGGGCUACACGAAGGUUCUUGUAGAAGGAAUAGGGGAGGAGAACAACUUGUUGGAAGUAGAGUCCAUUAAAAGUCUCGGUGACGUGAACCUUAAGAGAGGAAGAGACUUAAAGGAGCCCAGACACUUGACCAAGGCUACAGCCCUGUACAGCACAGCCCUGGAGCGAUGUGACGAUCCACAUGGGAAAACCGUCCUCACACAUCGCUUACUGCACGCAGCAAAAGUAAGGAGGGACAUGGCGAAUAAAGGACACGGGUAAGUGUAGCUUUCUUCCCAAAAUAAUAUUUGUACUUUUAGUACCGUUGACAACAUGCUCAUUUCAUCAGGUUCAUUCAGAUGCUAAGACUCGGUGUACAGACAACAGUUACAGAAGGGCUGCAGGGCCCUGCAGACUGGAGACCUGGACACGGCAGAGAAGCACUUUGCAGCUGCACUCAGGGCCGUUCAUGUGAAACACCAAUACAUUAAAGAGGCGGAGCCCCUGUGCAGGUUAAGCGAUGUCUACCUGGAAAGAGGAAAGAAGUCGAAAGACGGAAGUGACUUUACCAAGGCUGCAGCACUCCGUAAUGCCGCACUGGUCAGGGCAAAUGUAGAAGACAGAGAAGGCAUCAAACAAUCAAUCCUACAAGUUAGUCAGUUAUUUGUUGAGCACGUGCUGGGGAUCGAGCAAGUAGUGGACUUUGGGGACUCAGAGAAACACCAAUCAAAACUUAAUAAUGAUCGAGAGCAUGUAGCAAAAGAGAUGGAACAAACCGAGCAGGAGAUCGAUCCUUACAGUCUUGAUGACGAUUAUCCAGAGAUAAGAGAAGUGGAGAAGCAGAGAGCGGAAGCAAUCUUUACAUUGUUCAAAACAAUUGCUGAACAGAGAAAAACGUUCAUAUCUGACCUUGUAGAUGAAUGUAUGGAGGUAAUGGGUCCCCCUCCCUGUAAGUACGCCAUGAUAGGCCUGGGUUCACAGGCCACAGGGUUAGUAACCCCGUACUCAGAUCUGGAGUUCGCCAUCCUGAUAGAGGAGGAAACAGAGAGUAACGUCGAAUGUUUCCGCAACCUCACUCAUUAUCUGCAUCUCAAAGUCAUCAACCUGGGAGAAACCAUCCUCCCGGCCAUGGCGAUCAAGUCACUCAAUGAUUUUUCUACAGACCCACCGAACAGCUGGUUCUACGACUCUGUAACGCCGCGCGGGUUCGCGUUCGACGGAUCCAUGCCGCAUGCGUGCAAGACUCCACUGGGCAGGGGUGAAACAGCUGGACUUAUUCACACACCAAGGGAGAUGACGAAGAUCAUUCAAGACAACCUAAAUUUCCCUUUAAACAAGGGCUACCAUCUCGCCAGCAUAUUGGGGAAUGUGUGUUUUAUCACAGGAGACCAGGACUUGGUCAAUGUGUAUUCGGGGGUGUGGCCUCAGCUACUACAAAGUAGGGUGGUAUCUUUGGUACAGGCAUGGAGCAUAAUGAAUGAAAAAACAAAUGUUCAAACAUUUUCAGUCGAAGAACUAACAUCGAGACUGCUAGAUGUGAAGAAAGAAAUCUAUCGAUUUUCGACCCUUGCAGUGUCGUGUUGGGCACUACUUUGUGGUAUACAACCCUCCACAAUAUGGGAGACUAUUCAGAAGAUGAACAAGAACGGAGUCAUCAACAUUGAAAACGCGCAUCACUUGAUGGUGCUGGUCAGCAUCUCAGCAGAACUGAGGCUGCGGACAUACAUGAACAACCGUGGACAGGUGGAGAACAUGUCAGCCUUAUCGUCCAUGUCUGAUGGCACAGAUAUGGGGGAGAAGUUGAAGAAAGUGUUUUACUUCUCAAAUACAAAACAGCUGAUGAGGUACCAUUACACAGCAAUGCCAUUAAAGGCCUUUAUUCCACAACUUUCCAAAAUCCCUUUAUCGACAGUAGAAUCUCCUGUUCUGUUUGACAACUCACCAAAGUUACAAGCAGAGGUAUAUAGCAGUCUGUGUGAGUACGAAAAGAUGAAGUCAUGCAUGGAACUGGCACUACAGGAUGCCGUUGCUAAAUACGGCGAGGGAACAGCACAUCCUGACAUCGCCAAGUCACUCAACCUCUUGGGUGGUGCCUGGAGAGACAUUGGUGAUCACAGAAAGGCCGUCAGCUAUUAUGAACAGACACUACAGAUGUGGCGGAGUAUCCAUGGUGAGGACACUGAACAUCCUGACAUCGCCGCGUCACUUAUCAACUUGGGUAACGCCUGGUUUCACCUUGGUGAUUACAGAAAGGCCGUCAGCUAUUAUGAACAGACACUACAGAUGUGGCGGAGUAUCCAUGGUGACGACAAUGAACAUCCUGACAUCGCCAAGUCACUGAACAACUGGAGUGACCUUGGUGAUCACAGAAAGGCCAUCAGCUAUCAUGAACAGGCACUACAGAUGAGGCGGAGUAUCCAUGGUGAGGACACCGAACAUCCUGACAUCGCCAAGUCACUUAGCAACUUGGGCAACGCCUGGAGUGACCUUGGUGAUCACAGAAAAGCCGCCAGCUAUUAUGAACAGGCACUACAGAUGUGGCGGAGUAUCCAUGGUGAGGACACUGAACAUCCUAACAUCGCCAAGUCACUGAACAACUUGGGUAACGCCUGGAGUGACCUUGGUGAUCACAGAAAGGCCAUCAGCUAUUAUGAACAGGCACUACAGAUGAGGCGGAGUAUCCAUGGUGAGGACACUGAACAUCCUGACAUCGCCAAGUCACUUAACAACUUGGGCAACGCCUGGAGUGACCUUGGGGAUAACAGAAAGGCCGUCAGCUAUCAUGAACAGGCACUACAGAUGUGGCGGAGUAUUUAUGGUGAGGACACUGAACAUCCUGACAUCGCCGGGUCCCUUAGCAACUUGGGUGGCGCCUGGAGUCACCUUGGUGAUCACAGAAAAGCCGUCAGCUAUUUUGAACAGGCACUACAGAUGUGGCGGAGUAUCCAUGGUGAGGACACUGAACAUCCUGACAUCGCCGCGUCACUUAACAACUUGGGUGCCGCCUGGAGGAGCCUUGGUGAUAACAGAAAGGCCGUCAGCUAUCAUGAACAGUCACUACAGAUGAAGCGGAAAAUCCAUGGCGAGGACACUGAACAUCCUGGCAUCGCAAUGUUACUUCAAAACUUGGGUGUCAUGUGUGGGAUUCUUGGUGAUCACAGAAAUGCCGCCAGAUAUUUAGAACAGGCUCUGCGGAUGUGGCGGAGUAUCCAUGGUGAGGACAUACUGCGUGUUGCGGGGACCCUUCUCCCUGCAGACGUGCAAUGCCGGAGGUUUGUGGCGGCUAACAGGUAUGACCUGGCCGAGACGGGGUACGGCCGCGCCCUUCUGGCCGCCAUGUCUGAUAUGGACAGGCUGCAGGAAGUGGAGGUACUGAAGAGCCUGGGAGACUUGAACGUGGAGAAAGGAAGACUCCACAAGACCGAAGCUCCGCGGAACUUGGAGCGGGGCCUGAACCUGUACAGGGCCGCGCUGCUCCGGUGUGAGGACCCGGGGGAAGGCGAGUCUCUCCAACAUAGGGUCGAACUCGCCGAGAAACUCAGGCUGAAAACGCCCAUAGCUGGAUCAACCAAGAACACAAGCAUUGAUUCUGUUGCAAGGACUUCAGAAAUUUUUCAAAACUUGGAUAAGAAAUGGGCUAACGUUGGCCAUAUGGAUUCCAUCUUAGAGGGCUACACGAAGAGUCUUGUAGAAGGGAUAGCGGAGAGGAACAAUCUGUUGGAAGUAGAGGCUACAAAAAGUCUCGGAGACGUGAACCUUAAGAGAGGACGAGACUUAAAGGAGCCCAGACACUUGACCAAGGCUUCAGCCCUGUACAGCACAGCCCUGGAGCGAUGUGACGAUCCACAUGGGAAAACCGUCCUCACACAUCGCUUACUGCACGCAGCAAAAGUCAGGAAGGACAUGGCGGACAGAAGGAGACGGAUGAUUCCAAGGGACAAAAAGACAAACAAGAGGCUUCCAACGGGACCUGCCAAGGUCACCUCGACGAUUCCUCAAGGUCAUGGCCUCCCUACAGUAGAUGAUGCAAGGGUGUACAGAGAACAGUUACAAAAGGGUUGCAGGGCCCUGCAGACAGGAGACCUGUACACGGCAGAGAAGCACUUUGCAGCUGCGCUCAGGGCCGUCCAUGUGAAACACCAAUACAUUAAAGAGGCGGAGCCCCUGUGCAGGUUAAGCGAUGUCUACCUGGAAAAGGGAAAGACGUCGAAAGACGGAAGUGACUUCACCAAGGCUGCAGCACUCCGUAAUGCCGCACUGGUCAGAGCAAGGACAGAAGACAGAGAAAGCAUCAAACAAACAAUUCUACAAGUUAGCCAGUUAUUUGUUAAGCACGUGCUGGGGAUAGAGCAAGUAGUGAACACCGGUGACUCGGAGAAACACAAAUCAAUACUGAAGAAAGACCGAGAGCUUGUAGAAGACAAGCUGAAACAAAUCGAGCAGGAGAUCGAUCCUUAUAGUCUUGAUGACGAUGAUCCAGAGAUAAGAGAAGUGGAGAAGCAGAGAGCGGAAGCAAUCUUUACAUUGUUCAAAACAACAAUUGUUGAACAGAGAAAAACGUUAAUAUCUGGCCUUGUAGAUGAAUGUAUGGAGGUAAUGGGCCCCCCUCCCUGUAAGUACGCCAUGAUAGGCCUGGGUUCACAGGCCACAGGGUUAGUAACCCCGUACUCUGAUCUGGAGUUCGCCAUCCUGAUAGAGGAGGAAACAGAGAGUAACGUCCAGUAUUUUCGCAACCUCACUCACUAUCUGCAUCUCAAAGUCAUCAACCUGGGAGAAACCAUCCUCCCGGCCAUGGCGAUCAAGUCCCUCAAUGAUUUUUCUAAAGACCCACAGGACAGCUGGUUCUACGACUCUGUAACGCCGCGCGGGUUCGCGUUCGACGGAGCCAUGCCGCAUGCAUGCAAGACUCCACUGGGCAGGGGUGAAACAGCUGAACUUAUUCACACACCGAGUGAGAUGACGAAGAUCAUUCAAGACAACCUGAAUUUCCCUUUAAACAAAGGCUACCAUCUCGCCAGCAUCUUGGGGAAUGUGUGUUUGAUCACAGGAGACCAGGACUUGGUCAAUGUGUAUUCGGGGGUGUGGCCUCAGCUACUACAAAGUAGGGUGGUAUCUUUGGUACAGGCAUGGAGCAUACUGACUGAAAAAACAAAUGUUCAAACAUUUUCAGUCGGAGAACUAACAUCUAGACUGCUAGAUGUGAAGAAAGAAAUCUAUCGAUUUUCGACCCUUGCAGUGUCGUGUUGGGCGCUACUUUGUGGUAUACAACCCUCCACAAUAUGGGAGACUAUUCAGAAGAUGAACAAGAAAGGAGUCAUCAACAGUGAGAACGCGCAUCACUUGAUGGUGCUGGUCAGCAUCUCAGCAGAACUGAGGCUGCGGACAUACAUGAACAACCAUGGACAGGUGGAGAACAUGUCAGCCUUAUCGUCCAUGUCUGAUAACACAGAUAUGGGGGAGAAGUUGGAGAAAGUGUUUUACUUCUCAAAUACAAAACAGCUGAUGAGGUACCAUUACACAGCAACACCAUUAAAGGCCUUUAUUCCACAACUUAUCAAAAUAUACCAAUCGACGGUAGAACCUCCUGUUCUGUUUGACAACUCACCAAAGUUACAAGCAGAGGUAUAUCACAGUCUGUGUGAGUACGAAAAGAUGAAGUCAUGCAUGGAAGUGGCACUACAGGAUGCCGUUGCUAAAUACGGCGAGGGAACAGCACAUCCUGACAUCGCCAAGUCACUCAACCUCUUGGGUGGUGCCUGGAGAGACAUUGGUGAUCACAGAAAGGCCUCCCUUUCAUAUAAUGUCUACAGAACAACAUGCUGCGUGUUGCGGGGACCCUUCUCCCUGCAGACGUGCAAUGCCGGAGGUUUGGCGGCUAACAGGUAUGACCUGGCCGAGACGGGGUACGGCCGCGCCCUUCUGGCCGCCAUGUCUGAUAUGGACAGGCUGCAGGAAGUGGAGGUACUGAAGAGCCUGGGAGACUUGAACGUGGAGAAAGGGAGACUCCACAAGACCGAAGCUCCGCGGAACUUGGAGCGGGGCCUGAACCUGUACAGGGCCGCGCUGCUCCGGUGUGAGGACCCGGGGGAAGGCGAGUCUCUCCAACAUAGGGUCAAACUCGCCGAGAAACUCAGGCAGAAAACGCCCAUAGCUGGAUCAACCAGGAACACAAGCAUUGAUUCUGUUGGGAGGACUUCAGAAAUCUUUCAAGACUUGGACAGGAAACGGGCGAACGGUGGCUAUACGGAUUCCAUCAUAGGGGGCUACACGAAGGUUCUUGUAGAAGGAAUAGUGCAGGAGAACAAUCUGUUGGAAGUAGAGUCCAUGAAAAGUCUCGGAGACGUGAACCUUAAGAGAGGAAGAGACUUAAAGGAGCCCAGACACUUGACCAAGGCUACAGCCCUGUACAGCACAGCCCUGGAGCGAUGUGACGAUCCACAUGGGAAAACCGUCCUCACACAUCGCUUACUGCACGCAGCAAAAGUCAGGAGAGACAUGGCGGACAGAAGAACACGAGUAAGUGUUUUACAUUUUGUGUUUUGGUGCCGUUGCCAAAAUGUUCAUCAGAUUCUUUCUGAUGCUAAGACUUCUAAUUCUGAAUCUAUUGUUAAAUUAAAGUUUGGUCAAUUGGUGUACAGAGAACAGCUGCAGGAGGGCUGCAGAGCCCUGCAGACUGGAGACCUGGACACGGCAGAGAAGCACUUUGCAGCUGCGCUCAGGGCCGUCCAUGUGAAACAACAAUACGUGAAAGAGGCGGAGCCCCUGUGCAGGUUAAGCGACGUCUACCUGGAAAGAGGAAAGAAGUCGAAAGACGGAAGUGACUUCACCAAGGCUGCAGCACUCCGUAAUGCCGCACUGGUCAGAGCAAGGACAGAAGACAGAGAAGGCAUCAAACAAACAAUCCUACAAGUUAGCCAGUUAUUUGUUGAGCACGUGCUGGGGAUCGAACAUGUAAUUGACAAAAGUGACUCAGAGAAACACAAAAUGUCGUUGACGGAAAGUCGAGAACAAGUGAAAGAUGAACUCGAAAAAAUCGAGCAGGAGAUCGAUCCUUAUAGUCUUGAUGACGAUGAUCCAGAGAUAAGAGAAGUGGAGAAGCAGAGAGCGGAAGCGAUCAUAACAUUACUCCAAACAACAAUUGUUGAACAGAGAAAAACGUUCAUAUCUGGCCUUGUAGAUGAAUGCAUGGAGGUAAUGGGUCCCCCUCCCUGUAAGUACGCCAUGAUAGGCCUGGGUUCACAGGCCACAUGGUUAGUAACACCGUACUCUGAUCUGGAGUUCGCUAUCCUGAUAGAGGAGGAAACAGAGAGUAACGUCAAGUAUUUCCGCAACCUCACUCAUUAUCUGCAUCUCAAAGUCAUCAACCUGGGAGAAACCAUCCUCCCGGCCAUGGCGAUCAAGUCGCUCAAUGAUUUCUCCUCCAAAGACCCACGGGACAACUGGUUCUACGACUCUGUAACGCCGCGCGGGUUCGCGUUUGACGGAGCCAUGCCGCAUGCAUGCAAGACUCCACUGGGCAGGGGUGAAGCAGCUGAACUUAUUCACACACCAAUCGAGAUGACAAAGGUUUUAAUAGCAGAUUUGCAGCGUUACUUGGACAAAAUCAUGCAAGACGACCCGACUUUCCAUUCAAACAAAGGCUACCAUCUCGCCACCAUAUUGGGGAAUGUGUGUUUGAUCACAGGAGACCAGGACUUUGUCGAUGUGUAUUCCGCCAUGUGGAUUCAGCUACUACAGAGUAGUGAUAAGGUGUUAUCUGUGUUACAGGCAAUGGCUAUAAUGAAUGAAAAAACAAAUGUCAAAACGUUUAGACUAGAAGAUCCAACAUCGAGACUGCUAGAUGUGAAGAAAGACAUCUACCGAUUUUCGACCCUUGCAGUGUCGUGUUGGGCACUGUUCUAUGGUAUACAACCCACCACAAUAUGGGAGACUAUUAAGAAAAUGCACAAGAAAGGAGUCAUCAACAGUGAGAACGCGCAUCACUUGAUGGUGCUGGUCAGCAUCUCAGCAGAACUGAGGCUGCGGACAUACAUGAACAACCGUGGACAGGUGGAGAACAUGUCAGCCUUAUCGUCCAUGUCUGCUAAUACGGAUAUGGGGGAGAAGUUAAAGAAAGUGUUUUACUUCUCAAAUACAAAACAGCUGAUGAGGUACCAUAGCACAGCAAUGCCAUUGAAGGUUUUUCUUCCACAACUUGUCAAAAUUCACGCAUCGACGGUAGAACCUCCUGUUCUGUUUGACAACUCACCAAACUUACAAGCAGCCGUAUAUAACAGUCUGUGUGAGUACAAAAAGGUAAUAUCAUGCAUGGAAGUGUCACUACAGGAUGAGGUUUCUAAACACGGCGAGGGAACACCACAUCCUGACAUCGUCAUGUCACUCAACAGCUUGGGUGCCGCCUGGAGUCUCCUUGGUGAUCACAGAAAGGCCGUCAGCUAUUAUGAACAGUCACUACAAAUGAGGCGGAGUAUCUAUGGUGAGGCCACUGAACAUUCUGACAUCACCGCGUCACUUAACAACUUGGGUGCCGCCUGGAGAAACCUUGGUGAUCACAGAAAGGCCGUCAGCUAUCAUGAACAGUCACUGCAGAUGUUGCGGAGUAUCCAUGGUGAAGACACUGAACAUCCUGACAUCGCCACGUCACUUAACAACUUGGGUAGCGCCUGGAGUGACCUUGGUGAUCACAGAAAGGCCGUCAGCUACUAUGAACAGACACUACAGAUGUUGCGGAGUAUCUAUGGUGAAGACACUGAACAUCCCGACAUCACCAGGUUAUUAAACAACUUGGGUGCCGCCUGGGGUCACCUUGGUGAUCACAGAAAGGCUGUCAGCUAUCAUGAACAGUCACUACAGAUGAUGCGGAGUAUCCAUGGUGAAGACACUGAACAUCCUGACAUCGCCACGUCACUUAACAACUUGGCUAACGCUUGGAGUGUCCUUGGUGAUCACAGAAAGGCUGUCAGCUAUCAUGAACAGUCACUACAGAUGUUGCGGAGUAUCCAUGGUGAGAACACUGAACAUCCUGUCAUCGCCGCGUCACUUAACAACUUGGCUAACGCCUGGGGUGACCUUGGUGAUCACAGAAAGGCUGUCAGCUAUCAUGAACAGUCACUACAGAUGUUGCGGAGUAUCCAUGGUGAGAACACUGAACAUCCUGUCAUCGCCGCGUCACUUAACAACUUGGCUAACGCCUGGGGUGACCUUGGUGAUCACAGAAAGGCUGUCAGCUAUCAUGAACAGUCACUACAGAUGUUGCGGAGUAUCCAUGGUGAGAACACUGAACAUCCUGUCAUCGCCGCGUCACUUAACAACUUGGCUAACGCCUGGGGUGACCUUGGUGAUCACAAAAAGGCUGUCAGCUAUCAUGAACAGUCACUACAGAUGUUGCGGAGUAUCCAUGGUGAGAACACUGAACAUCCUGACAUCGCCAAGUCACUUAACAACUUGGCUAACGCCUGGAGUGACCUUGGUGAUUACAGAAAGGCCGUCAGCUAUCAUGAACAGGCACUACAGAUGUGGCGGAGUAUCCACAUGUCCAACAUACUGCGUGUUGCGGGGACCCUUCUCCCUGCAGACGUGCAAUGCCGGAGGUUUGUGGCGGCUAACAGGUAUGACCUGGCCGAGACGGGGUACGGCCGCGCCCUUCUGGCCGCCAUGUCUGAUAUGGACAGGCUGCAGGAAGUGGAGGUACUGAAGAGCCUGGGAGACUUGAACGUGGAGAAAGGAAGACUCCACAAGACCGAAACUCCGCGGAACUUGGAGCGGGGCCUGAACCUGUACAGGGCCGCGCUGCUCCGGUGUGAGGACCCGGGGGAAGGCGAGUCUCUCCAACAUAGGGUCAAACUCGCCGAGAAACUCAGGCAGAAAACGCCCAUAGCUGGAUCAACCAGGAACACAAGCAUUGAUUCUGUUGCAAGGACUUCAGACAUCUUUCAAGACUUGGAUAAGACAUGGGCUAACGGUGGCCAUACGGACUCCAUCUUAGAGGGCUACACGAAGGUUCUUGUAGAAGGAAUAGUGGAGGGGAACAACUUGUUGGAAGUAGAGUCCAUCAAAAGUCUCGGAGAUGUGAACCUUAAGAGAGGAAGAGACUUAAAGGAGCCCAGGCACUUGACCAAGGCUACAGCCCUGUACAGCACAGCCCUGGAACGAUGUGACGAUCCACAUGGGAAAACCGUCCUCACACAUCGCUUACUGCACGCAGCAAAAGUCAGGAAGGACAUGGCGGAAAGAAGAAGACGAUUGCUCCUGAGAGGCAAAAGCAUAAACAGGUGGCUGCCAACUGGACCUACCAAGGUCACGUCGACUAUUCCUCAAGGUCUUGACCUGGACAUGGCAGAACAGCUGCAGGAGAGCUGCAGGCAGACAGGGGACCUGAACACGGCAGAACAGCUGCAGGAGGGCUGCAGGGCCCUGCAGACAGGAGACCUGGACGCGGCAGAGAAGCACUUUGCAGCUGCGCUCAAGGCCAUCCAUAUGAAAGAUUCUAAUAAAGACCACUACCAAAAAGAGGCGGAGCCCCUGUGCAGGUUAAGCGAUGUCUACCUGGAAAGAGGAAAAAAGUCGAAAGACGGAAGUGACUUCACCAAGGCUGCUGCACUCCGUAAUGCCGCACUGGUCAGAGCAAGGACAGAAGACAGAGAAGGCAUCAAACAAAUAAUCCUACAAGUUAGCCAGGUAUUUGUUGAGCACGUGCUGGGGAUCAAACAAGCAAUGGACACUGGUAACUCGGAGAAACACAAACUGGCGUUGACGAAAAGUCGAGAAGAGGUGAAAGAUGAACUCGAGAAAAUCGAGCAGGAGAUCGAUCCUUAUAGUCUUGAUGACGAUGAUCCAGAGUUAAGAGAAGUGGAGAAACAGAGAGCGGAAGCGAUCUUUACAUUGUUCCAAACAACAAUUGCUGAACAGAGAAAAACGUUCAUGGUUGGCCUUGUUGUUGAAUGUAUGGAGGUGAUGGGCCCCCCUCCCUGUAAGUACGCCAUGAUAGGCCUGGGUUCACAGGCCACAGGGUUAGUAACCCCGUACUCUGAUCUGGAGUUCGCCAUCCUGGUAGAGGAGGAAACAGAGAGUAACGUCAAGUACUUCCGCAACCUCACUCACUAUCUGCAUCUCAAAGUCAUCAACCUGGGAGAAACCAUUCUCCCGGCCAUGGCGAUCAAGUCGCUCAAUGAUUUCUCCUCCAAAGACCCACAGGACAACUGGUUCUACGACUCCGUAACGCCGCGCGGGUUCGCGUUCGACGGAUCCAUGCCGCAUGCAUGCAAGACUCCACUGGGCAGGGGUGAAAAAGCUGGACUUAUCCACACACCAAGUGAGAUGACGAGUGUCUUAUUGAAAGACUUAAUGCGUUACUCGAGCCAAAUCAUUCAAGACGAGCUGAAUUUCCCUUCAAACAAAGGCUACCAUCUCGCCAGCAUAUUGGGGAAUGUGUGUUUGAUCACAGGAGAGCAGGACUUGGUCGAUAUGUAUUCCGACGUGUGGCUUCAGCUAAUACAAAGUAGUGAUAGCGCGAUAUCUGUGUUACAGGCAGUAACCAUAAUGACUGAAAAAACAAAUUCCAGAACAUUUAGACCAGAAAAUCCAACAUCAAAACUGCUAGAUGUGAAGAAAGAAAUCUAUCGAUUUUCGACACUUGCAGUGUCGUGUUGGGCACUUUUCUAUGGUAUACAACCCACCACAAUAUGGGAGACUAUUCAGAACAUGAACAAGAACGGAGUCAUCAACAGCGAGAACGCGCAUCACUUGAUGGUGCUGGUCAGCAUCUCAGCAGAACUGAGGCUGCGGACAUACAUGAACAACCGUGGACAGGUGGAGAACAUGUCAGCCUUAUCGUCCAUGUCUGAUAACACAGAUAUGGGGGAGAAGUUGAGGAAAGUGUUUUACUUCUCCAAUACAAAACAGCUGAUGAGGUACCAUUACACAGCAACACCAUUAAUUGCCUUUAUUCCACAACUUAUCGAGAUGUACGCAUCGACGGUAGAACCUCGAGCUCCUGUUCUGUUUGACAACUCACCUAAGUUACAAGCAGCCGUAUAUAACAGUCUGUGUGAGUACGAAAAGGUGAAGUCCUGCAUGGAAGUGGCACUGCAGGAUGAGGUUGCUAAACACGGUGAGGGGACAGCACAUCCUGACAUCGCCGACUCACUCAACAAGCUGGGUGCCGCCUGGGGGGACCUUGGUGAUCACAGAAAGGCCGCCAGCUAUUAUGAACAGUCCCUACAGAUGAGGCGGAGUAUCUAUGGUAAGAAAACUGAACAUCCUGACAUCGCCGCGUCACUUAACAGCUUGGGUGGCAACUGGAUUCACCUUGGUGAUCACAGAAAGGCCGUCAGCUAUUUUGAACAGUCACUACAGAUGAGGCGGAGUAUCCAUGGCGAGGACACUGGACAUCCUGACAUCGCCACGUCACUUAACAACUUGGGUACCGCCUGGAGAAACCUUGGUGAUCACAGAAAGGCCGUCAGCUAUCAUGAACAGGCACUACAGAUGGAUCGGAGUAUCCAUGGUGAGAACACUGAACAUCCUGACAUCGCCGCGUCAUUUAACAGCUUGGGUGCCGCCUGGAGUGACCUUGGUGAUCACAGAAAGGCCGUCAGCUUUUAUGAACAGUCACUACAGAUGAGGCGGAGUAUCCAUGGUGAGGACACUGAACAUCCUGAUAUCGCCAAGUCACUUGCCAACUUGGGUAACGCCUGGAGUGACCUCGGUGAUUACAGAAAGGCCGUCAGCUAUUAUGAACAGUCACUACAGAUGAUGCGGAGUAUCUAUGGUGAGGACACUGAACAUCCUGAUAUCGCCAAGUCACUUGCCAACUUGGGUACUGCCUGGAGUCACCUUGGUGAUCACAGAAAGGCCGUCAGCUAUCAUGAACAGGCACUACCGAUGAUGCGGAGUAUCCACGGUGAGGACACUGAACAUCCUGACAUCGCCGCGUCACUUAACAGCUUGGGUGCCGCCUGGAGUGACCUCUGUGAUUACAGAAAGGCCGUCAGCUAUUAUGAACAGUCACUACAGAUGAUGCGGAGUAUCCAUGGUGAGGACACUGAACAUCCUGACAUCGCCCAGUCACUUGCCAACUUGGGUACCGCCUGGAGUCACCUUGGUGAUCACAGAAAGGCCGUCAGCUAUAAUGAACAGGCACUACAGAUGUACCGGAGUAUCUACGGCGAGGACACUGAACAUCCUGACAUCGCCACGUCACUUAACAACUUGGGUAACGCAUGGGGUAACCUUGGUGAUCACAAAAAGGCCAUCAGCUAUCAUGAACAGACACUACAGAUGAGGCGGAGUAUCUAUAGAACAAACAUGCUGCGUGUUGCGGGGACCCUUCUCCCUGCAGACGUGCAAUGCCGGAGGUUUGUGGCGGCUAACAGGUAUGACCUGGCCGAGACGGGGUACGGCCGCGCCCUUCUGGCCGCCAUGUCUGAUAUGGACAGGCUGCAGGAAGUGGAGGUACUGAAGAGCCUGGGAGACUUGAACGUGGAGAAAGGAAGACUCCACAAGACCGAAGCUCCGCGGAACUUGGAGCGGGGCCUGAACUUGUACAGGGCCGCGCUGCUCCGGUGUGAGGACCCGGGGGAAGGCGAGUCUCUCCAACAUAGGGUCAAACUCGCCGAAAAACUCAGGCAGAAAACGCCCAUCACUGGAUCAACCAGGAACACACGCAUUGAUUAUGUUGCAAGUACUUCAGAAGUAUUUCAAGACUUAGAUAAGGUAUGGGCUAGUGGUGGCCAUAUGGACUCCAUCUUAGAGGGCUACACGAAGGUUCUUGUAGAAGGAAUAGUGCAGGAGAACAAUCUGUUGCAAGUAGAGGCUAUAAAAAGUCUCGGAGACGUGAACCUUAAGAGAGGAAGAGACUUAAAGGAGCCCAGACACUUGACCAAGGCUACAGCCCUGUACAGCACAGCCCUGGAGCGAUGUGACGAUCCACAUGGGAAAACCGUCCUCACACAUCGCUUACUGCACGCAGCAAAAGUCAAGAGAGACAUGGCGGAAAGAAGAGCACGAGUAAGUGUUUUACAUUUUGUUUUGAGGAAAAAGCACAAACAUCUGUCCGCCAACUGGACAGACAAUUCCAGCAAACAUGUAUUACUAUGUUGCAGGCUGUACACAGAAGAGUUACAAAAGGGUUGCAGAGCCCUACAGACUGGAGACCUGGACACGGCAGAGAAGCACUUUGCAGCUGCGCUCAGGGCCGUUCAUGUGAAACAACAACACAAGAAAGAGACGGAGCCCCUGUGCAGGUUAAGCGAUGUCUACCUGGAAAGAGGAAAGACGUCGAAAGACGGGAGUGACUUCACCAAGGCUGCAGCACUCCGUAAUGCCGCACUGGUCAGAGCAAGGACAGAGGACAGGGAAGGCAUCAAACAAACAAUCCUACAAGUUAGCCAGUUAUUUGUUGAGCAUGUGCUGGGGAUCAAACAAGUAGUGAACACCAGUGACUCGGAGAAACACAAACUGGUGUUGACGGAAAGUCGAAAACAAGUGAAAGAUGAACUCGAAAAAAUUGAGCAGGAGAUCGAUCCUUAUAGUUUUAAUGACGAUGAUCCAGACAUAAGAGAAGUGGAGAAGCAGAGAGCGGAAGCAAUCUUUACUUUAUUCCAAACAACAAUUGUUGAACAGAGAAAAACGUUCAUAUCUGGCCUUGUAGAUGAAUGUAUGGAGGUAAUGGGUCCCCCUCCCUGUAAAUACGCCAUGAUAGGCCUGGGUUCACAGGCCACAGGGUUAGUAACCCCGUACUCUGAUCUGGAGUUCGCCAUCCUGAUAGAGGAGGAAACAGAGAGUAACGUCGAGUAUUUCCGCAACCUCACUCACUAUCUGCAUCUCAAAGUCAUCAACCUGGGAGAAACUAUCCUCCCGGCCAUGGCGAUCAAGUCUCUGAAUGAUUUUUCUAAAGACCCACCGAACAGCUGGUUCUACGACUCUGUAACGCCGCGCGGGUUCGCGUUCGACGGAUCCAUGCCGCAUGCGUGCAAGACUCCACUGGGCAGGGGGGAAACAGCUGAACUUAUUCAUACACCGAGUGAGAUGACAUAUGUUUUGAUAGAAGACGUGCUGCGUUACAUGGACAAAAUCAUGCAAGACGACCCGACUUUCCAUUCAAACAAAGGCUACCAUCUCGCCACCAUAUUGGGGAAUGUGUGUUUGAUCACAGGAGACCAGGACUUGGUCGAUGUGUAUUCCGACGUGUGGACUCAGCUACUACAAAGCAGUGAUAGGUAUCUGGUAUCUGAGUUACAGGCAAUGACCAUAAUGACUGAAGAAACAAAUUUGGAAAAGUUUACACCAGAAGGUCCAGUAUCUAGACUCCUAGAUGUGAAGAAAGACAUCUAUCGAUUUUCGACCCUUGCAGUGUCGUGUUGGGCACUACUCUAUGGUAUACAGCCCACCACAAUAUGGGAGACUAUUCAGAAGAUGCACAAGAACGGAGUCAUCAACAGUGAGAACGCGCAUCACUUGAUGGUGCUGGUCAGCAUCUCAGCAGAACUGAGGCUGCGGACAUACAUGAACAACCGUGGACAGGUGGAGAACAUGUCAGCCUUAUCGUCCAUGUCUGCUAACACAAAUAUGGGGGAGAAGUUGAAGAAAGUGUUUUACUUCUCCAAUAAAAAACAGCUGAUUAGGUACUAUGGAACAGCAAUGCCUUUAAAGGCCUUUAUUCCAGAACUUAUCGAAAUGUACCCAUCGACGGUAGAACCUCCUGUUCUGUUUGACAACUCACCGACGUUACAAGCAUCCGUAUAUAACAGUCUGUGUGAGUACGAAAAGGUAAUAUCAUGCAUGGAAGUGUCACUACAGGAUGAGGUUGCUAAACACGGUGAGGGAACACCACAUCCUGACAUCGCCUGGUCACUAAACAUGUUGGGUGCCGCCUUUUGGAACCUUAGUGAUCACAGAAAGGCCGUCAGCUAUUUUGAACAGGCACUACAGAUGAGGCGGAGUAUCUAUGGUGAGGACACUGAACAUCCUGACAUCGCCGACUCACUUAACAACUUAGGUGCCGCCUGGAGUGACCUUGGUGAUCACAGAAAGGCCGUCAGCUAUUUUGAACAGGCACUACAGAUGAGGCGGAAAAUUCAUGGUGAGGACACUGAACAUCCUGCCAUCGCCACGUCACUUAACAACUUGGGUAACGCCUGGAGUGACCUUGGUGAUCACAGAAAGGCCGUCAGCUAUCACGAACAGUCACUACAGAUGUUGCGGAGUAUCUAUGGUGAGGACACUGAACAUCCUGACAUCACCGACUCACUUCACAACUUGGGUAACGCCUGGAGUCACCUUGGUGAUCACAGAAAGGCCGUCAGCUAUCAUGAACAUUCAUUACAGAUGAGGCGGAGUAUCCAUGGUGGGGACACUGAACAUCCUGACAUCGCCAACUCACUCAACGGCUUGGGUUUCGCCUGGUGUAACCUUGGUGAUUACAGAAAGGCCGUCAGCUAUUGUGAACAGGCACUACAGAUGUGGAGGAGUAUCCAUGGUGAGGACACUGAACGUCCUGACAUCGCCCACUCACUUAAUAACUUGGGUACCGCCUGGAGUAACCUUGGUGAUUACAGAAAGGCCGUCAGCUAUUGUGAACAGGCACUACAGAUGAGGCGGAGUAUCUAUGGUGAGGACAGUGAACAUCCUGACAUCGCCGAAUCACUUAACAGCUUGGGUACCGCCUGGAGUAACCUUGGUGAUUACAGAAAGGCAGCCAGCUAUUUUGAACAGGAACUACAGAUGAGGCGGAGUAUCCAUGGUGGGGACACUGAACAUCCUGACAUCGCCACGUCACUUCACAACUUGGGUACUGCCUGUAGUAACCUUGGUGAACACAAAAAAGCCGUCAGCUAUGAUAAACAGGCACUACAGAUGAUGCGGAGUAUCCAUGGUGAGGACACUGAACAUCCUGACAUCGCCGCGUCACUUGGCAACUUGGGUAACGCCUGGAGUGACCUUGGUGAUCACAGAAAGGCCGUCAGCUAUCAUGAACAGUCACUACAGAUGAGGAGGAAAAUCUAUGGUGAGGACACUGAACAUCCUGACAUCGCCGCGUCACUUAACAACUUGGGUGCCGCCUGGUGGAACCUUGGUGAUCACAGAAAGGCCGUCAGCUAUUUUGAACAGGCACUACAGAUGAGGCGGAGUAUCCAUGGUGAGAACACUGAACAUCCUGAUGUUGUAAAGACACUUUUGGGGCUGAGUUUGGCUCGUAGAGAUUACAGAAAAGCCACCAACUAUCAAGAAUAGUCACUAGAAACGGGAUCGGCAGUUAGUUAUGAUGAAACUAUAUGA